CGCGGGAUCCGGAACCAACCGGUACUAACAGCUACACUUCCAGGCAAGCACUCAGGCUUUACCGCACCUUGUGUGUGUUUCCUGACAAAUCAUCAAUGAUAAAUGAAUCAUAACACGCGAACCUGUCCCGCUCGAGAAAUCUCCGCUGCUUCGUGAUGGGACAUCACAACAUCCGCUUUGAGGGCGACCGGUACUCGGACCAUGGCGCCUGGAGUCCGCCAACGAGCAGGGCAAAUUUCUGUGAGGAGGACUAUGUGGUCACCUUUUACAUCGCCGAGUUCAUCAACGCCCUGACGAACUUUGCCUAUGUCUACUUCGCCCUGAAGUCCAUCUACCCCCGCGGCCGCAUGAGCAGCAGCCGCCCCAAACCAGACUUCAUGUCCCUCUCCCUCCUCGUCCUUGGCAUAGGGUCUUUCCUCUUCCACGCCACCCUGCGCCAGACCCUGGAGUUCGUCGACGAGUUCUCCAUGCUGGGCCUCACCUGGUCCAUGCUGCAGGCCUCGCUCACCGCCCGCCAGCCGCCCGCCCGCGUACGGCUCAUCACCGUCGUCCUGGCCGUCGCCUACCCGUCCUUCGCGGCGUUUUACUUCUGGUCGGCCAAGAUCGUCUACCAUUCCAUCGCCUUUGUCGCGGCACUUUUGGUUGUGCUGGCGAGGAGUCAGUACACGCUCCAUGUGCUUCUGCCCACGUUUCCGAAGAGAUGGGAUUGGAACCGGAGGAUUUGGAAGGCGUUGGGGUGGUGUGUGCUGGGCUAUGUGCUGUGGACGGUGGAUUUGGAGUACUGUGCCGAGCUGAGGGCGUUGAGGGGCAAGGUGGGCCUGCCGUGGGCUUGGCUGUUGGAAUUCCAUGGCUGGUGGCACAUUUUGACGGCUGCGGGCGCCAGCCAGGCGAUGCAGGUGGCCAGGGAGGUUAGGGAGGAGUUGGAGAGGGAGGGAAAGAGGGAGUGAGGCGCGACGGUGUAGUUACCGGCGUUGCUUUUAUGUGUGGUAAUUUUUGUGGCGGAUCUAGACGAUGAUACCAGGGGCCGUACAGGAUAGAGCCGGUGUUGGGUUAUACAGAUGCGGACUUGAUAAGCUCUCACCGGUGGUGCUGGGUUAAGCAUCAUUCAAGUAGGGUUCCGACUCACUAAACAAGAAAUCAACCUCUUUCGGCGAUAGGCACCAUCAGCGUCUGAGAAGUACGUUUCCUGCAGCCCAUGAUCCAAGCAUGGCCCCACUGCAGUGAUUCGUCCAUGAUAGACACGAGGCAGACAGGUAAUAGG